CAUCAUCCCACUCCACUGCUGCGCUCGCCUCACACCCUCGUCUCACGUUCUCGUCUCAGCGCUGUCCUUGCGCCGCUCAGCAUCAGCCGCGGCCUUGUGCGGCUCUCGCUCGCUGUCACUGCUCCCUGCGCACGCCCUCACUCCACUCGCUUGGCCUGAGCGGCGAGCGAGGCGCCAUGUCGUCGCAUCUCCUCUUCAUGCCGACGCAGCCCGCGCCCUCGUCUCCCUCUCGGCAUGCCUCCUCCUCCGGCUCCACUAGCGGCAGCGGCAGUCCUUCCUACUUCGCCUCAGCGCCGCAUCAGCCGCCUCCUCCGCCUACACUGCCAUUUUCCAGCACCGCACUCUCCCAUCGCCCCUCCGCCCUCUCGUUCGGAUUCGGCUUCGCUUCUCCCUCUGCGCCCUCCACACCUGCAGCAGCGAGCCCUUCCGCAUGGGGCGUAAGCGCGGCGUCUGCCAGCGCGACACCUCGAUUUGUGCCUUCGGCGCCCGGCGGCGCGCGGGAGAAGCGGCGGCGAGAGGAGGAGGAGGAUGACGAGAUGGGCAGUCCGCGCGGCUCCUCCUCCACCGUCAAUGCUUCUUCCUCUACAGCUGUUGCGAAUGCAGCAGGCAGCGCAGCAGUCGUGCCGCCGGCACCACUGCAGGCGAGGCAGGAGAGAGUGCUGCCGAAACGCAUGCGCGCGGGCCUGAUGGCGCAGCAGCAGCAGACGCAGGAGGCGAGAGAGGAGGCACAGGCGGACCAGGAGGAGGAUGUGGAUCUCGGCAACAUGCUCGCCACGCUCGACAAGUCUUCCUUGCUUCUGCUUCUCUCUCGACUUCUCUCGCACUCUCCCGACCGGACGCUCCGCUCUCAGAUCCUCACACACUUGCCACGGCCCACACGCGCCUCCUUGGCCGCCGCGCUCGACGUCCACGAGCGAGCCGUGCGCGCCGCCUUGCCGGCCGGCGGCGAGACCGUGCGUGCCGAGUGGGCGUGGGGACGCCUGCGAGGGCCCUUGAUGGCAUUCGCCAGUGCCGCGCUUGGCCUCCUGCGCUUCUUCGAUACGCCGAGCAACUCGAGCGCGCAAGCUUCUCAUCCCGGCGAGACGUACGACUUUCUGCACGACGUCACGUCUCGUCUUCUUCGGCUUCUCUCUCAGCUCCCUCCACUUCCCUCAUCGACACUGCUCUUCUCGAACCUCUCGACACCAGCAGCGUCGCAUCCCUUAGCCUCAAGUCUUCCCGCUCGCCUGCUCUCUCCCGGAUCUCCUCACGCGCUCCUCGCUCUGCUCUUCCCCGCGCUCUGGACGCACUGGCAGCGACUCCUCACCUCUCUCACGCACGCCGUCAACGUCGAAGGCCGCAUGUACGGCGCCGACGCCAUUGGUGCCUGGCUCGCCGGUCUCACAGCGCUCGGCGCACCAAGAGAAGAGGCGCGCGAGGAAGAGAAGGCCGUGCGCGCUGCGAUGCAGAGUCUAGCGACGGCACUCGAGGCGGAGAUUGGAUGGCUCGUGGGCGGCACGGCGACGAGGGCACCGAAUCGAGGUAAUGCGGGCGCGCAUCGGACGUGGGCGACGGGACACAUGGAGGAAGAGGAGUUUUGAUGCUGCUGCUUCGCCCAGUCCUCGUCGACACCGCCUCUGUUCCCCGUUCUCGCCGCUUCGCUCCCAGCACCGAUACCUUCCCACUUCACGUCACUUCCCCUCUCUCUCUGUUAUUCAUUUCUGUUCCCUCUCCAGGCUGCGCUCCCCCUUCUCACACGUUCGCUCUCAUCACAUAGGAUUCUCGACAUCACAUACACCCUCUCUACAUACAAUCUAUGCAUCCUUGACUCGUCC